AUGACAUAUCGUGAUUUACUUGUUGAUUUUUCACCGAAGUGGGAUAAUUCCAUAAUUAUCACGUUCAACUCGGAAAGUCCAGCGACUGCCAAAGAUUUUGCAGAGACUCCUUCGGUAAGGAAUAAAGUACAGUCCUUAGCAUGUAUACCACCACCUGAGUUACAAUUACAACAAAGUCAACAUGCUUAUCCUGAAGAAUUUAUAAACGAAAGGGGCAUAGAAGAUUUUGCUUAUCAAAUUUCAGAUGCUUAUUCCAUUAAGGAUUUGGAUCAUAUUUUCGAUCCUAUUCAGAGAUAUAAUGGUGAAGUAGUUGAAACACCGUCAAAGAACAUUACCAAUAAAUUUAUUCAAAUGGGAAGAAUUGUAUCGUUUAAAACCCUCCUACGAGAAAUUCAAGCUGAAGAGGAACAACGCAAACAAAAGCAAGGAAACGUGAAAUUAGCUUCCAUUACUCAACAAACUUGUUGA